AAAUAAGCUAACUUUUAAUGUUUGUUAUAGUUGCUUGUUGGAAUUAAAGACACCAAUGACAAUUUGGUCGCUUGCACACUGAGAGCAUUGGCGGAGUUGGUUCCAAUCCUGGGAGGCUCUAUUGUGAUUGGGGGAAAGCGAGCUAAAUUGUUUGCAGAUGGUAGACCAAAGGCUGUGAAAUCUGCGAGUAAACGCUCAAGCCAAAAAGAUCAUUUUAAGUCUCAAACAAAUUUGAUGACUGAAAUGGGAGGAAGUACAGAAUUAGUACUACCAGAAAGACCAUCUCCAGAUGGAGGGGAAUACAUUCCUAACUCUACUGUUAGUGAAGAAGACGAAGCUUGGCCUGAAUGGGAGGAUAAGACAGAGGCUCAGUCGAGUGAUGUGAAGUCUGACGGCUCUGGCGGCCAUAACAGCGCUGAGUGCAUCACUGAUUCCUUGACCCCUGCUAUGGAAACUAUGGAACUGAAAAGUAAACUGAAGGCUUCUGAUGAAUUUGAAGACAUUUUUCGGGACAUGGAACCAGUUAUAUCAAAACCUCAAAUCAUCCAUGUUAAAGAAGUGCCUGAAGUUACAUCUAACAAGUUUGCUUUGACUACUGAGGUGUGUGAAGGUAAUGAUGGUUGGGGUGAAGAUUUUGAAGACUGGAAUUCUAUUGAUGACAUUACAGCAGCUAAAGACUUUUCAGUAAACAGUUGAGAAACCUUAAAUUUAAAAGUAACAAAGCAUUUUGUGAUCAUUUUUCUUAAAGUACAUUUUAAUAACGUUUUACCAUUGUUGAAACAGGUUUAGUGCUCUUCAUGUAUAUAGUUUAGUUUUAUUACUUAAUAAUUUGUCAUUCAGUAAUUUAUGUUGCUAUAAGUCUGCGUUUUAUGAGGACCAUCUGAAUAUGUUGUAGAAUUAAAAAAAAAAAAUAACAUGAGGAAAUAAAUUGUAUAUUGUACAAUUGAAAGCCACACUCUCAGGUUACUAUUUUAUGGUUUUCAGAGACACAUUGAGGCAUUCUUGUCAUAGCAUUGAAUUCACUUUUCAAUCCCAUUGUCAUAGCACUUUGCCACUGUGAGUUCAACCAAUCAAUCAUGAUUCACACGAGUUUGCAAUGGUAGUCAGUCAGUCACUCGAAGAUUAAAUUUUAGAACCAAACGUCUUUCGUUAAUUUUGGAUACCCUCUGUAAUUAGAGUGUCUUUCCAAAGUUAUUGUUGCACCUCAUUUCGCUCACCACAAGCUUAUUCACAAAUAAACUUUACUUUGGUUUGUGUUCAUUUUUAUAUUUGUUGUCUUUCCACUAUCUUUUUGUUUUGCAAUUCAUGUCCUUCACCUCUCUCAUCCCCAGUCUCAACACAAAUAGUAAAUAACACAGUCUACAUAUCGUGAAGCUCAUUCACUUUGGUUCUCGUCAUCAAUGUCAGUGCACCAUUUAAAUGUAAUACAUCAUUGCCUCAUUUCUUCAUCAAGUGUGUUUUCAAUGUAAACUUCACAAAGUUAUUAGUGGCUGUCAAAGGGUUUAUAGAUUUUCACAAAACAAACAUUUAAUUAUAAACCGUAUUUGGUGCAACUCAGGAGAUGUUUCUGACACUACACCUUACAGAAAGAAGUGUGCAAAUUGCAACAUACUGAGUUGUGGCCUCAACCGCACUUACUUUUUUUUAAUUCUCGGGUUUGUUCGACAGACAUGAUGACGGAUCCUAGACCAGGUUAUUCUGGUGUUAUUAAUAAAACUCUCUCUUGGUUGACCGAAUGAAAUGAUAUGCUUUAUUUUAUGAACAAUUUAAAAUUACUUUACAACUUAAUAUAAACUUAUACAGUACUUUAGAAAUUUAGAACAGAAGAAAGCGAUAUCAUGUGAGCUUCAUAUGAAAACCCAGCACGACUGCUGUGAACAUGGGCUUCACAUCCCUAUCUUGGACCAAUCCCCCCCCAAAGUGGCAUCAUCCUGGACACUACCUCAGUAUAUUCAGUAAAUUCCUGCGUGUUUACUGCGCAUCUGUUCUACACAUGGAAAGUUUUCAGACUUACCGAUGACAGACCUGGACUUAUAAUGCGUAUGCUAUAUUAAAUUGUAUAUUUUCUCCUCCUGCAUUGCUUAGCCUAAUACAGCUGACUGCAUGAUAUUCAUUGUUCAUUAUUACAAUUAGAUUAAAUUUUAUGUUGAAUAAAAAUAAAAUAUAGUACUGAUAAUAAAUAUUUGUAAUUGGCUGAUCAUAUAAGAUGCAACUGGUCUGGCCUUACAACUAUAUGCUGAGGGUCAUCACAGAAUGCUCAGACUCUUUAAGAUGACAGCAAUAGCUUAUCCCUGCUACUGCUACAGCAAGCAGUAACGUAAGUUGCUUUUUAAAUGGGACUCAUAUUUUCAAUUAUGGUAUCUUAUUAUAUUUUAUGCAUUUAAUUCAAACCAAAAACUGUUAAUUCUUAUAUUUUAUUAUAAAAUUAUGUUUUUGGUACCCAAAAUUGUACAAACAUAUUAUGAUAAUAGAUUUGUAUUAAAAUCAUUGCAUGGCAAAUGGUGAGCAGCAAAGAUCUUUAUAGUAGGUGUGUCUGUAAAUUCUAGGCUUUAUUAUAACUUAGCCUUGAAGUAACCACCUCAUACCAAUCACCAUAAAAUCAUAUGGACCACUCUGCUUCCUGCUUGCAUCUUGUGCCCAAGUUAUAUUAGGGAUCAAAAGUACGAGGGUCUUUGAAUAAGUCCUUAAAAAAAGGAAGAAAAACUAGUUUUUGGCAAAAUUUUUCCUUAAUGUAAUCUUCUUUCAGAUCUAGACAUUUUUCCAAAUUUUUUAAUCUAUCCAAAAAAUAUUAUUUCAGAAGUUCUUCAAAAUAAGCAUUCUUUUGCUCAAUAACCUCAUCGUUUGAAGUGAAGCGUCGUCAACCAAGCUAUUUUUUCAAAUUCGGAAACAGGAAAAACGUCACUGGAGGCCAAAUCUGGCAAAUACAACAGAUGUUGCAGCCAUUUUGGCCGCCCACCAUAUGAUUGUAGAUCCCUGUAGUUACAGGGAAUUAAAGUUUUAAUUCAUCGAUCUUUCAAAAUCAUUUCCCAGAAUGGAAAAUUACAAAAUCAUUUCGGGAGUAGACACUUCCACUGAUCGUCCCAAUCAUUUGUAGAUGAACGACCAUGUUUAAACUCAUUUACCCAAGAUGUGCCAUGAACUGCAUCCAACUCAGAUUUAAUUUCUUUAGGUGCUAAGCCUUGUAAAUAAAAAUAUGUUAUCACCACUCGAAACUCACUUUUCUCCAUUAUUAUAAACAAACAAAAGUUGUUCACUUCAAUCGUCAGUAGCAACAAAAUACACAAUGGAUUGAACUGAAAUUUUGACAGCUGUCUUGUCAUUGAUGCUUACUUACAAAAUUGUUUCAACCCUAUGAGUGCCAUCUCUAGGAUUUUCUAAGGACUUAUUGAACGACUCUUGUAUGCAGGAAUUGUUAACUUAUCACAUCUGUGUUAUACAUAUCAGUUUCAUGGUCAACUUUUUAAACUGAAUUUUGUUUCUCCAAAUUGCCUUUUGUUUAUUGAAGUUAGAAUACUUAUUUAAAAAUAUUUUGAUUUGUGCUGAUAACCUUUAGUUUGUAAGUUUAGAAAGCAUUUGUAUAAUAUUCAUUGUAUUUUAAAAUCAUGUCUAUUUGUAUAAAUGUUACACAAAGAAUAAAGUUUAUUUUGCUGUUA